UAAGAAUAACCAUACCCAUGGUAAUUUUUUGGCAUAGAGCUAAUAAAAACCAACAUAUCUAAGCCUAUUCAUAUAAAAUGUUGCAACUUAAAUUUCAGUCUCCGUCAUUAAUCAAUCAUCGAGAUAAGGGCGCCACCUAGAUAGGCUACAAUGGCAGCAAAUCCUCUUGCAGUAAAAGUGAAAGUGGAAACAUCACAUCAAGAUGAGAUAUUCAAUCACAUUAUCCAACAAAUUAUUGUCAUACACAACUCCUUUAAUGAGAAAGUUAAGCAGUUGGAGUCCAAAAUGGAUGGCUUUGUCAAAACGAUGAAACAAGGGUUUUCCGAUCAUCUGUCAAGUGAAAAGAAACAGUGUCACUGUUGUCAAGAAGUUUUAGAAAAGAUUUCUGGGAUUGAACAAUUCAUUCAGAGCAUUUUUGUUGAACGGAGGAAUACAAAUGUUGAAGAAGAUGGAUCGACAGAUUUACCAGUUGUGUUGUUGCCGAGCUACAAGCCCCAUUACAACAUGUGUAGUACUGAUGGUGACUCGUCCAUUCAAGUUAUCUCACUCAACUCCGAGACAGACUAUCCUAACGGUUCAUGGCUGGGCAACGAGAAAAAUCCCGAGUCUCGCGUUAGAGUUCCUAUCACUCCAUCACAACUACUCCACAUCAAUACCUUGUGCACUACACCGGAGAAGAUGGCGAUUGUACUUCUUGAUCACUUGUUUCCUUUAGAAGUACAAGCUGUAUCAAAUUUAUCCGGCAAAGGCAAGCACUUCAAGAAGCAAUUGGACCCUUUAAAGAUUUACGGUAUAAAAACUCAUCUAAUGCACAAAUUCAACAUCACCGAGAGAGACUGGUACAGGAUCAAACAAAAUCUAGACUCAAAAUGUCGAACAGCUUGGAGGAAGAAAGCCAGGGGUCUGCCUCUAUCCAAAAAUAAGGCAAAUCGUGAGGAGCCAGCAGAAAAGAUGCCGAGGACCAACUCAAUAGUUUUGAAGGAGUUAUCGUUCAUAAGUGAGGAUAAUUCCCAGGAACUAUCAUCAAUGAUUGUGGAAGAUAGUGAUUGUUUGACGCUGUCAGGCACUUGCUGUGAGCAGACCUUGACAAUCAUCACAGACGCAGGGGACACUGUCAACGUACCCAUACUGAGUGCAGAAGACGAACUCAACGAUGAACACUCCUCCACCGAUGACAUACUCAGUUUGCGCACUUAAUAUUCAUUUGUGUUAUUUACCUACUAUUGAACAAUAAAUAGUAUACCACCUUU